AUGCUCACCCUUCCAACUUUUAGCGUCCAGUAUCUGAAUGACAACCGGUUACGCAACAUUUCUCGGGAGACGUUCAAGGGCUUGACUCAACUACACACACUGUGGCUGGGAUACAACAUGCUAGGCAAUAUUCCUCGGUCAGCGUUCAGCGGCUUGACUCAACUUAAAGAACUGUCUUUAUCGGGAAACGGUCUCGAGUCCAUAGACGCCGGUGAAUUUGAAGGAUUGCCGAACUUAACCAAACUGCACCUGAGGGACAACCGGAUUCGCAAUAUUUCUCGGGCGGCAUUCGGUGACUUGACUCAUCUUAAAGAAAUUUAUCUCAGAAAGAAUCCGCUCGUCUGCGACUGCCAGCUGCGAUGGCUCAUUAAGACAUUUCAGGCCGGCAAGUCCAAUGUCAGAGUAUACGACGCUGUGUGUAGUGAGCCCGCGCACCUGAAGGGGCUUAACAUAAGGAACGUCUCCCAAGCGGAUAUCAACUGCAGCACGCACGAUAUAAACGAGUGUACUCAUGCGCCGUGUAAGAACGACGCCACGUGCACUAAUCUUUAUUACACCUAUACUUGCACUUGCUCAUCGGGCUGGCAAGGCAACGACUGUGAUGAGGAUAUAAACGAAUGCGCACCUGUCCCGUGUAAGAACGGUGCCACGUGCAACAAUCUUCAAAACGCGUACUCAUGCACAUGCUCACCGGGCUGGUACGGCAACAACUGUGAUCAUGAGGUGUCAACAUCUCAAGCGCCGGGAUCACAAUCAACGCCCACAUCGACUACGGAAUCGUUGCCAUUUGUGUACAUCGGCAUUGGGCUCUGUGUCGGUGUGUUGGCUGUCACUGUUGCAGUUAUUAUCUUCAUAAAACAUAGAAGACGCAGGAGGCAUAACAUCCCCAGCUAUCCGAUGGCGGACCCAACACUCAUGACGCAAUGCAAUCCCUCUCCUAUAGAUGCUCAUCGUGAUGAACACGAGUAUGAGGAUGUAGAGGAUGUCACAGAAACAUGCCUUCAGUCUAACGUCCACCCAGUACAUGGCGCCACUAGCAGCACGGACGAUGAUUACCUAAUACCAAUGACUGCAAAGCCUUCAAGAGACAUAUCACUACCACUGAAAACAAAGGACUAGCCGUAACGUUAAACGAGUGUCACUUGCAACAUAUACCCAGUGCCAACAUAGCUUUCAAUGGGUAUGCAUGCCCCGCUUAAAAAAUGACAAGGGAUUGUCCUUUCGCACAAACAUCAAUGACAUCAGCUGUUUCUAUCCACAUGUAUGCAACCUUGUAAAGUAGGAAGGAAUAGUGUAUAUUGUUAAAGAUAAACAUUACAAAAUAUUACUUUUUUACAUGGAUAUAUAAAAAUUAUGUAUCACAAUUACAAUAUUAAAUUAAAAUUUAGUUUUAAAAAACGUGUAAAGAUAAUUUGUAUUCUCUACAACAAGUAUAUAUCUAUUUAUGUUUGCGACAAAUUAUUGUGUGUUUCCUUAAUGUUCUUACAGGAUAUUCUAACAGUAAAUUAUUUCUUUGAAGCUUCCUCUCGUGAUAUAAGUUUUGUUUAUAGUAUGUUUAUUCUUGACGUACAAUAACGCUGCACAGUGUGCAUGUGUAUUGAUGUAUUUCUUACGUUUAUAGCAAUGAAAUGUGGCAAAAUGCCCAAAACGACGAGCUCAGCUUACAGCCGUCACAUUUUGAAAGAAUGCGGUUUUAGCGCACUAGUUGGUUGAGUAAUGUAAAAAAAUAAAGUUUAAACCCGUCUUUUAUUUUGUGUAUUUGCAUUACUGAAAUAUAAAGCUAACAUACUUUUGGCUAAAUAUUCGUAGCCCGAAAUGUUCUAGAUGUUGGACAAAACACACAAUAAUAUGGCGGUACAAAUGAAUUUGAACCAUGUUAAUUCCUUUUGAAAUCACAUACCGCAUCAAGUAUAUUUAAUCUAAUGAAACAACCAUUGUUACAUAACAUGGAUAAUCGUUGUUUUUUAUUUCCAUUGAACAUAUUUUGCCUAGAAAUAUGGAGUUCAAGAUAUCCGUUAUUAUUUUAAGCAAUUUUCUCAAGAACUAUUUUGCUAUUUUCAUACGCUUCAAUUACCUGUUUUACCGUUUCUGGAAUUAUUUUAGCAUGUAAGUAUGUUUUUAUGUCAUAUUGAUUGAUCGAAGUUAGUAUAGCGAAAUAAAAUAUACUAUGCUUAUAUGAGUUAUGGGUAUUCUUAUAUGUAUCGGAUCGGUAUAAUAACAUAAGUGUUAUUAUUAACGUGUCAUAUUUAAGAUUGUAGAAUUUGUUGUAUAUUGCGCAAAUUAAAAAUGUGAAUGUGAUUGUUGCAAUUCGUCAAAUACUUGUAUGAUCAAUGGUAUACCAACGAGAAUACAUGCGCGUAAACAUACUUGGCUGAAUCAAUAAUCAAAUUCAGUCGUGUUUUAAUAUUAUACAAUAUUACUACUUACGACUGAUGGAGUAGUUUGAUUUUCCAUAAUAUUAAAAUAGAUAGAUUGCUUUGAGAAUAGUCUAAUACCGCUUAUCUGUUUGACAUGCAUGAUAUUGUUACAUUCGAUGAAUGCAUUACGCUAUUUUAUUUUUUAAUGAAAUUAUCUCUAUCGAGCACAUGUACUUGGAUAUUAUAUAUUAAUUUAAUGAAUGUAUAUCUAGCGUAAGUAUGAAGAUGUUUUCAUGAUGUAAAUAUAUGUACAUAUUUAAUGGCUUAAUUUUAAGAUGAAUCAACUAUUGAAUGUAUGUAUUUUCUUUGUGUUUUGCUUUUGUUCUUCCACAAAAAUAACAUAAUGUGAACUUGUAAUUUGAUUUGUUUAGAUAAAAUAACUGUAUAAAUUUCACACGUAUAUUGUGGGCUCUGAGAUAAAUGAAAUGUUUAUUGUGUACAUAUAUUUUUACUUUAUGAUUGCCUUCAACUGAAUACUUGUAUAUUUAUCAUAUAUAUAGACUAUUGGUUUUAUUUUUCCUGAGAUGAUAUAACUGUAAAUGGUGAAAAUGUAUAUUGAUUUUAUUAUUUACGGUUUUAAAAGUAUCGGGUGUUGUUCACAUACAUUUUGAUGUUGGGGAGAUAUAUCAAUUGUAUUGUAUGCGCAUGUGUUUGGACCGUAUAUUUGCAUGCUAUAAAUGAACAUAAGAUGUAUUAAGCAAAUAUAUUUAGAUACUAUAUUAGUUUAUAUGAUUUAGUUGUAUACAUUCCUUAGUUAAAUGAAUUAA